UACAACAAACACAGCAGAUUUUACUUCUUCAGUUAUCCAAAUGAGACUCGGACCUUUCUUGGGGCGAUGCAGACUUGCUGCGAGCUCGGAAUGACCCUUUUGAGUUUGCAAUUUGAUUAUAAAUUCGACGGAGUGAUUUCUGGAAUUAAAGAACAAUCAAAUGAUCCGGGCUACUUCUGGACCUCGGCAACGGACAGUGGCUGCGAGUCAAAGUACGGAUACUGCUCGGUUAAUCGUCUUGUCCGCGAUGAGGCUCUUUGGGAACCAGGACAACCGGACAAUGCUGGAGGAAAGGAAAACUUCCUGGCUAUUUACAUCAACAGAACCCAAGCGUUGUUGGCUGAUUUCGACGGUGAAAAAAAGCUGCGAUUCAUUUGCGAGGGCCGUGAUACGUCAAAGUCUGAUUCUGGUGGGAAAUCCGUGAGAGACGAAUGUGCUGCCAUUUACAACGUCAGCUCCAGUGAAAUGGAUUCGCUUUUAAACAGAACAAACUACGACCUACGGACAAAAGUUUAUAAAAUAUAUUUAAGUGAUUUUCAUAAAUUAUUAUUAUUGAAAAAUAGUGUUUCAUCAAAUGUGUUGGAGAAAAUAGUGGACUGAUGAUCAACGGGAAAUUCGUAGAGAAUGAGGUGUUGGCGAUUUUGGAAAAAAUGGCCAAAGGGAAUUUGGAAGAUCUGCGGAAAAACCUCAUGGUUGUUGACGAUUGCGGCAACACUACGGACGGAAUGGAUGAGUGCGAUAAAGCAUCGCAAAUGAUCAAGUGCACGAAGGAAAAGGCGCCGGACAUAUUGAUGGGGGUGGUUUACGAAAUGGAAAAAUCCAUUUCUCAAUCGGAAACAAUCCAAGAAACCGUACCGCUUCCUCCAUCACCACGCCAAUGUGCCACUAAUUACACGUGCGUUCUUGAUCCAAAAUUACGAGAUGCCUUUGAAGCUGCGAACACAACUCAGCCUCUUGUGAACGGGACAGCGGGCUUUAUGGUUGACUUUAACUGCGGAAAAAAGUAUCUUUCCUCCGGAGGAAGUGGUUACAAUUUUACUUAUGCAAAUGAGAUGUGCUGCAAAUACGGUCUACGUAUGGCAACGUUGGAUACCAUAUCAAAGCUGGACUGUGCUAUAAAUAGUUCUACGUACGCUUCCACGCACAGGGUUUGCCCUUACUGGAUUGCAGCAUCGUGGCUACCAAAUCAGACGUCGCCACAGUGGUGUUAUUCAAGUGCGCCUAUCAGCAAUCUUCUACUCACUAUUCCAGCCGCGACAUCAGUUGAUCCUUUGAAGCCGUUUAUGAUCAUUAACUAUGCUUCAAAAUCUCUAACAGUGUCUCCUGUUAUGAAUUCGGCGCACAUGUUAUGCGAAGAAUAUUAA